AUGAAGACAUCAUCAAAGCGCAUUGUUUGCUGCAUUUUACCUAAGAAUAACCCAAGGCCGAUGGACCUAGGCAAGCUGACGUGUUGUGAGCUGUUGAUGCAGCAGGGUGCAGACAUCGACUCAGUGGACUCCUUGGGUCGCACUUCUCUCCACUACGCCUGCAUGAACAGCAACCGAAUGGUAGCCUGUCUCCUUCUCAACCACGGCGCAGAUCCACACGCAUUAGACAUGGACGAAAAGACCCCGAUGGACGUGGCCACCGAAGCACAGGACAGAGAACUGCUCUGUGUGCUCAAAAUAUCCCAGGCACUGCGCAAGUUCCAACCUGUUGAAAUGGCCGACAACAGUAGAUUUGCUUCCAGUCCUCAAAGUGCCCGGCUUGCUCGAGCGCCCACCAAAAACCACAGAUCAAUUGUGUCACGCAACGCAAACAACAUGUAAUAACUUCUAUCCCCCCUACCACACAGUUAGAAGAGAGGCUAACUAGCAGAAGGAAUCCCCAUAUGAAAUAAGUACAAACUGUGAGAUAUUGACUCGAAAUCUAUCGAUGCAGUGUAAUGUAAAGAUAUUUAAUUUCACAACAGAUCAAAUCAUUUUAAUUUUGUAAUGUAAAUUGAUACUUUUUUCAUUAAUAUUGUUUAGUCUUCAUCUGGUUUCGAGGUUUAGAAAUUUAAUGUAAAAGGAUUUGACAAUAGAUUAUUUGAAUCAA